CCGCCUUCCCCGCGCUCUCGCGAGAGCCGCGCCGCCAUCUCGGCGGUCACCGAGCGGGACGAGCUCGGCUCCUCAGGGCCCCGGCGCUCCUCACGGCCGCUCCCCGCCCUGCCCUGCUCUGUCCUGCCAUGCUGUCCCGCCUCGUCCUGCGCGCCGCCCCCGCCGCGCUGAGGGCGCUGCCGCCGCCCGUCGCCGUGGGGGUGUUGCACGCCACAAGACCCCUGCACACAACUCAGCAGAGUUUGGCUCCCGUGCCACCUCUGCCCGAGAAGGGAGGAGAAGUUCGUCAUGGUUUGAUCCCUGAGGAGUUUUUCCAGUUUCUCUACCCUAAAACAGGAGUGACAGGGCCCUACAUGCUGGGCACUGGCCUCCUGCUCUACCUCCUCUCCAAGGAGAUCUACGUGAUCAACCACGAGACAGCAGCAGCUGCCUGCAUCCUGACAGUCAUCGUUUAUGCCAUCAAGAAGUUCGGGCCUGAUGUGGCAGCUUUUGCUGACAAGCUGAACGAGGAGAAGGUGGCCACAGCUCUGGCCAUGAAGAACGAGGCCAUCCAGACGCUGCAGACGGCCAUCGAGGACGAGAAGAAGGAGCAGUGGAGGGCGGAGGGGCGCAGUUACCUCUUCGAUGCCAAGAGGAACAACAUCGCAAUGCUGCUGGAAACCAACUACCGCGAGCGCUUGCUGACGGUGUACAACGAGGUGAAGAAGAGGCUGGACUACCAGGUGGCCAUGCAGAACCUGAAGCGGCAGAAAGAGCAGGACCACAUGAUCCAGUGGGUGGAGAGGAACGUUGUUCAGAGCAUCACACCUCAGCAGCAGAAGGAAAGCAUUGCCAAGUGCAUCCUGGACCUGAAGGCGCUGUCCAAGAGUGCCCAUGCAGCCGUGUGAGCAGUCUGAGCCCACUGACACGUCCCAAUAGCUCCUCUUGGAAACUGUAUGACUCUAAAAUACCAUUAAACAGACAAAAAAACCCCUCUGCUGUCUUUCACUAGCAACAGUCCCUGCAUGUUUGUGUUUGAAGUCACUGGAUGGUCACACCAGCCGCUGCAGCUGGUUUAUGGUGGGGGAUGAUUGGAACCACAGUGUGUGAGAUCCUGUUUGGUCAGGAACACUUCCAAAAACCCAGAACUUCACAGAGGAAAAUCCUGCUGCUGAAGCUGAUCCCUGUGGUAGAGUUCUGAGUGCUAGCUCCCCAGAUGCCUGCUGUACCUGUGUUCUAAAAUCAGGAUGAUUUGUGCUGCCAUUCACCUGGCCCUGGCUGGGGGCAGCUCUGGGUGAAUGUUCCUGUUCUCUAAAGGAGCUGGGACCCCCCUUUCACCUGAAGCCUCGUGGAGUGUUGAGAGUUUGAGUUCUGGGAAAAGAGAUGGGGCAGGAAGUGUGUCAGAAGCUCCUGAAAGCCUUGUCCUCAGCUGGCUGUGUCAGUGCUCAGUCUGCAAUGGGACAAGGUUUGUUCCAGAGGAGUUCUUCUGCACUUCCAUCACUCCGUUCCUUCUCUUUUUAUAGGAAGCCUUUCCCUGAAGCAAUGUGUCAAAACUCAGAAAUCCCAGCAAAGCACACACACAAAUCGCCUCCCCCUGUGUGCUGAGAUGUGAUUUAUGUACUCCAGAAACCCAGGUGGGCACGCUGGGGGUGCCUGCAAUCCCAUUUCUCAGUGGAGUUGAGAAACGUGCUUUUCUUACACUUGCAGUAGCUCAGUUCACCAAAGUGGUGUUCUUUAGGGGCAAGAACCUCACUUCAAGCCAGCCUAAGCUGAAGCUGCCUCACUUUUUUCAGACUAACAGUUCCAGAGAAUGCAGGUGUCUUUCAUGGUUUCCUGUUUUUUUGUCAAUUUAAAUAAAAAAGUGAAGUUGCUUAACUUCCACAAUUGUGUAAGCCCACAUCUGAUUGACAUUUGAGCUUUUGGCUGGUGUGACAGAUUCUUCUCACAAAGCAAGUGGUUAAAGUGGUGUGCUGGCACUCGGGGAGUUUUCCAGCAGCCCUUCCAUGGUGGGAGGUAAGAUGGAGCUGUAUCAUUUCUCGUUUCUUUUAAACACAGCACCCCGUGAGGUUUGGUGUGGGAAACUGGGAGGUUUCAUGGUUUGGCCCCUCUGGAAUGUGGCAACAAUGGGACCCAGGAGGAAACGUGGCAGCAGCAGGGAGCAGGGUGUUUUAUUUUCAUGUUGUAAUAUUCUCACACUGUUCACAAUCUGCAGUUUGCAAAGCAUGUGCUGAGAAAUGCCAGUGCAGGGAUUUUGUAGUGCAAUAUCUUUUAGAAUCCCUAUCUCUAAGAUCCCAAACACAAACUGGAGAAGAAAGUUACCGUUCCUGUUUUGGUGGGAAAAGUAAAUUUAAAAAAAACCAUCAAGGGACGAACUUUUCAAAGCUGCUUCUGGUUAUGAAAAUGUUCACAGGGUUUUUUUGCUGCUGCAAAAAUAAUCCUGUAGGUGCUUUCUAGUUGUUGAAUAUGCUCCGUUUUCUGGGUGGAGAAGGCCCCGUGCCCGUCAGGGAGCAGUGAGCUCGUGUGUUUGGGAACAAGACACUGGGCAGGGGCUGCUGCUGAGGAGCUGCCAGCUUUGUGCCACUUUUACAAGAUGGCCAAGAAAUGGACAAAAACUAAAUCAAGUCUUUAGAGUUGGAAGAGGAUAACAAGUUUGCUUUGCUUAUGUGUGUAUGUGUAUAAAUAUAACUCUCCCUUUCUUUCAGCCUCUCUUCCCAUCAGUUAAUGCUCUGAGAGAAUGGGAGGCUUUUCCUCAAAAGAAGCUCCAGUUGCACCAGAGCCCAUUUGCCCUACUACCACUGUCACUACCACUGUCCACACCCCUACAGCUGAUUUCAGAGCUGCAGAAGCCAGAUGCUGGAUUAAUAACCAUGAAAUACUGUACGUGUCACUGGCCUUCAUCUCUGGCAUCCUCCUGACUGUCCUGGUUUUUGCAAUCAUCUUCCUCUUCAGGAAAAGUUCUAAAAGAUCCCACCAAAAUUUACCACAGGAAACUUUCACCCAGAGGGCAGCUGAGGAAUCUCUUAGGAACACCCAGAAUGAAGUGACCUACAGCACUCUGGUCUUCCAGCGGGGCAGGACACCACUGCAUCUGUGAUGAGGAAGUUCCAAAUGAAAUCAAAAUGGUCCCACUUUCUGAGCAUCAAAAGCCAUGAGGAUGUUACACCAAGGAUGUUACACCUGGGAAUGCCCCCAUGCCCUCUGUUACACGGCUCUUUUUGUAGCUGUGACAGGAAAUUGUCUCCUGUUCAAACUGGCUGCCAACAGCUGUGGGCAAAUGGAGUUUCUGUACAGGAUUUCCUCAUCUGUAGAAAUCUCCCUGCCCUUGUAAAGUUUCCGUUUGUGAGAACUACCAGAGAGAAGUGAGAAAUGAAAAUAUUUCUCUGCAUC